GUGACUGCAGUUUGCUGCUUGCAGUCUGUAUUUUGUUUUCAUAUUUCAUUCACUUUUCUAUUUACUACUUUGUUAUCAGUUUCCGAUUCUAAUUUUAUAUUGCACUUUGCACAAUGUUCGGCGAUAAUGGUAUUGAAUAAUGAAUGGUUCAUUGUAUGAGAUGUCGCUGCUGGUUGUUCAAUAUUUUGUGUUAUAGUUCAAAAUGUUCAUAUCCCCAGAAUUCCGGAUUAAAUUUUUAUUUUAACGACUUCGAAACCGAAAGUUUCGUUUAAAAUAUUUCGACGUUAAUAGAAAAUCAUAAUAUAACUUUUGAUAUUUUUUUCUUUGUUAAUUUUCAAUAUUAUUAUCCAAUAGUUAUCACGAUGGAAUUUUUAAAUUGUGAUGAAAUUCCAAGUUUAUUAUUUUUUGAAUAGAUAUUACAUUAUGUUUGAUUAUGUAUUUUACAUAGGUAGUUUAUAUAUAAUUAGAACACAAACACAGUAAUAUCAAUAGUAAAAUACUUUUUUUUUUUUUAAUAUUUCCUAACAGUGAAUUUAAUACCUACCUACUUAUAUUUUAAGUAAAUUUAUCUACCCAAUCUUUGUUUCUUUAUUCAUUAAAUAAUUUCAAUAUGGAUAAUACCGAUUCAGAGACUCUAAAAGAAGUAUUAUUGUAAGUACCUACCCAUAAUCAUCAUAAUUAUUUUAAUUUAUAAUUUAUUAAUACAAAUAUAUUUUCUUCUUAAGUUUUGUAAAGCAAUUAUAUUUUAUUUAUUUUUUGUUAAAAAGAAAAUAUGUUUUGUACCUACAUUUUAUGAUAUAAAAAAAUAUAGUAAAGUAGAUAUAUUAAGUUAAUAUGUUAAAUUGUAAUUGUUUUAUCACGUAAAAUAUAGUCUAAUGAAAAUUACCUUGGUAUUAGCUUUAUUUUCUUUUUCUUAUACCUAUUCAAUUAAUUGGUAGUUACUUAGAUUCAUUUAAAGUCCUAAUCAGUACAUCGUCAUUCAUUAAAUAUACUACUAGCGUUAUGGUACCAGGUUUUGGCAGUUCACUAGUCUAACAAUAAAUUGAUCUAACAAAUUAUAUACGUUAAAAACCACUAAAUUAAAAUUGAAUUAGUGUUUAUCACAGAUAUAUUUAUAUAUAUAUAUUAAACUUAUUUUUUUAUAUAAAUAUAUAUAUAUAUAUAAAUAUAAUAUAUACAAAUAUUCCUAUCUGUGGUGUUUAUCAAUAGUAAGUUAAAAUCAUUCUUUAAAAUGAUAUGAGUUUCUUGUUGCUAACUUCAAGAACAAAAUAGUCUAAUUGUAUUUUUAAAUAAUUUAAAAACGUGCCAAAGAAUAAAAUCUAUAUUUAAGUUCAUAAUAAUAUUUAUAUAAAUACAAGUUUUGUUUCUAAAAUAAUACAAUUAAUGACUAUAUUAAGAGAAAACAAUUUACUUUAAUAUGUGAAUACUUAAUUUGGUCUAUUUAUUAGGUUGUAAUAAAAUACAUUGAAUGAAUUCACAAGAUCACUAUAAAUUGUCGAAUACUGGUGCAAUUACAAUACCGUAGUUUAUAUAAAAUCUAUACUACUGUUAUAUAUUUAAUCAAUUUAUAAUAUAAUGAAAACAGAACAAAUUUCAGUGGCCUAGUGCUUUGGCCUGAACUAGAGAAACUAGAUAUUAUUUAUAGACUAGAUAUUAGGUACCUAGUCUCAAGCCUGAACUGUUGGCUUAAGUAGCUUACAUUUAUUUUAAGCUUUAUUUUCUGUUAUUUUAUGAUUUUCAAUAUAAGUAGAUACUAGGUAGGUAUAAUAACCUUCAACUUUUUCACUUAUCUUGACUGUUUAUAUACAUUGGACUACCUUCAUGUGUUCAUGGACAGUGAAUCAUUUUUCCAAAAUGUAUUGUUUUAGAAGUAAUAGAGAUAUGAAGACUGUAGAUAUGUCACUAAAUAUAAUACACAGAACAACUAGUUAUGAAUGUUAGGAGGGGGGGUUGCUACACCUUCCAGGAUCUUAAGUGAUGUUGCACAACCACCUUCACCCUGAUGGGAGAAUUGAUGAAACCCACUUCCCUACUCUAACAUUUCUAACCCGAUUCUGCUACAUGGAGGAUAGUGUCCUAAAUUUAAAGUAAAAUCUCGACUACAUGUUUGGAUUUUAAUUGAAAAUCAACCCCGUUUCUAUUACUUGAUCAGGUAAUCAAAAUAACUGAAUUGUGAUUACUUACAAAUCCCAGGAAAUUGAGAUAAUUGAAAAGUACCUUGAACAAAAUAUAAUUAAAUUUAUUGAAACAAAUUUUGUUUUCCCCUCACAAAAUUUAUUUGAGCUACAUUGACAAAUUGUGGUCAGUUCAGCAAUUCGAAAGCCUUAAUUUUUAGUCUGUAUGAAUAUAGGUAACUUCAUUUCCAAUACAUUUUUGUUGUUUGAAUCAGUGAUAUAUUUUUGAUACUUGAUCCUUUCGUACAUAUAUGUCUAUAUGGGUACUUAUACCCUAAAAUAAAUGUUUGUAUAUUAUGUACUCCUGUAUAGAAGGUAACUCUGGAAAGUGAAAAUAUUACUAAUUAUAAUUAAAUUUAUUUUUAGUGGUUACUGUUUUUUUUUAUCGGAUAACCUAACCUAACUUGGGCAAUCUAAUUAGUAAUAUCUUAGAUUAAAUAUCAAUAAUAAGAGUAUAUAAGAAAUAGUGUAGGUAAUCUUUUAAAUUACUGAUUCAAAUACUUAUUUUAUUGCUUACAUUACUGUUUAUAGUUUAUACUGAAGCUAUUUAAUUUUUGUAUUAGCAAGAAGCAAUAAGUAAUAUUAGACUUUAAAAAUGUUCCAAUUGGAAUUUCUGUUUAAAUUUAAUGUACAACAUGUGAUACAUAUAUAUGUAUUACAUGACUAUUAUUUAUUGUUUAGCUAUAAAGGAUUGAAUUAAAUUUAUGAUUAAAAUUAACUCAUUAAAUAAAACAUUAGGUAAAGAUAAAAAUAAAUAUUACAAUUUCUUACAACUUUUCCAUUGCACUUUAUGAUAUAUUGUGACCAUUUAAAUAAUAUAAAUGUGAACAACUAUUAUGCUUUAUCAAUUUACACAUUGAGUAACAUAUGUAAACAUUAUUAGUUUACAUUGGAUUUUUUUACAAGUGUUUAUUAUGGUUCAGUAAAAUGAUAUGUUCAAGUGUUAUACAUCCAGACAUAUACAUUUUACUGUCUUUUACAAACAAUUUUUUUUUUGAUAUUGAACAUUUAAAUAAAUAGUUUAGGAUUUCUACAAAUUAAUUUAGUAAGGACUGGGUAUAUUGUUUGUUUAAUAUCAAUACAAUUAAUUAAUAUAAUAUCCACAUUUGUAGGCUUUGAAAAAAAAAAUAUACAUAUUAUUUUUUUUAAAAAAUGUGUAUGCUUAAUGUGACUAUGUUCCGCUUUUGGCUGGACAGUCCCACUUUUGAUCUGUGUCCUACAACUAUUCCCAAAGAACACAAAAAUGUCCCACUUUGAAAAAAAAAGGUGACUGGAAAUAAAUUCUUCUAAAAAAUGGCACUUGUUUAUUGAUCACAGUACAAAAAACUAUGGCCAUUAAAACAUAAAAUAUAUUAACCAAUAUUUUACAAAUUGUACAGUAGAGCCAUUUUAAAAAUGUGUCUAACGUGGGUUGCUUAUAGGUUAUUGCAAUUUCAAAGGUAAUACAAAUAUUUUGACAAAAAGUAUGUAAUAUCAAAAAAUCUGUUCAAUUCAAUUUAAAUAAAAAUUAAUGUCAAUACAUGACAAAUUAUAACAAUAUUAGUUACUGUGUUUUAUGAUUUGACAGUCAAAUAUAAAACUUUUUCGUCAACUGGGGUCUGCUCAUCCAAAAAAUAUAGAAAACCAGCUGCUCUCCAGCUAAACUGUACAAGCAAUUAGCUCUACUUUAUUUUCUAAUUUUUAAUAAAUAAACAUAAUACAAUAUGUAUUAUAUGUAUUAUAUUAUACAAUAUGUAUUAUGUUUAUUAGAUGUGUAUUAAAUCCAUUGUUUCAUUUAUUUUAUCACGUUCUAGUAUAUUUUAUAAUUGUUUUGCUGUUUGAAAAAAAAAAAAUAUAAAAUGCUGUGCUUUUUUUAUCAUACUGUACAGUUAUUCUGCUCUUUUGAAAAGAAAUUAUGGUCUCGUUAGUUAUGCAUAACACUAAUAUUGGAUAUACAGUUUAAAAUCUAGGCUAGAGGAGUAGGGGAAAACAUGGCUAUAAAACAUAUUAUAUUAUUAUAAAACUAUUAUUAUUUAAUAUUAUUUAGUAAGUAAUAUAUAGUUUUGUUUAUCAUACCUAUGCAUGAAAGAAUAAUUUUAAAAUUAGAAAUUUGUUCAAUUAUAUGUGAAUAAUUUAAACUUAUAGAUACUUUGACUUUGGUUUUUGAAUAUACAUUUUGCAUGGAUAAUGAAUAUUUUUUAAACUGUUUAACAAUUUACUUACUAAAUGAUGAAAACUGUAAAUACACAAUAGAUUAAUUAUUUUAAAGAAUUUUUAAAGCUAUGCGUUUAAAUAAUCAUUGUUGAUAAUUCUUUUUGUGUUAGCAAAUUAUAAUGAUUUGAAAUUUAGUUACUUAACAAUAUAAUUCAUAAUUGUAUUAUUAAAUGAACUAUAACCUUAUUGAAACUAGAUUUAAUGGUUAAACAAAAAGUAUUGUUCAAGAUUAAAAAUAAGAACCUGGAGAAAAAAAAUAUAAAUUGAUAUUGAUCUUUCCCGUGGUUCUAAUAAUUUUUAAUAUAUUUUUGUGUUCGAAAAUGUGUUUUUCUGGAAACACAUAAAUUCACAUUAUUGUAAAACUAAUAGCUUUACUCAAAAUUUAAUAUAUGAAAUAUAUAUAUAUAUAUAAUAUAUAUUGAAUGGUUUAAUAUAAAUGCAAUAUACAUUAUAUAUUACGUUAAAUAGGAAUGUAUUGAUCUUAAAAUUCCUAACCGCUUUUAUGGAAUGCAAAGGGUUCAACUUUAUUAAUAAAAAAAAAAUAUAUAUAUAUAUAAACUCGGAUAAUCUGUAUGCAGAAAUAUGUUUAGACUAUACACUCGUUGAAAUAAAAAAAAUUGUUUAAAAAGAACAAGUAGAUAGGUACCCAUACAAAUUAAAAUAUUUUCACUUCAAUAAUAGAUUUCAUAGCCAUCAACUUUUUAUAAAAUUAGAUACAUGUUUUAUCUAAUUGAUAAGUUAUAAAUACAAAUAAAUUUAAAUUUACUGAUAAAUUGAAUAGAAUUAUAUAAUAAGAAAUAAGAUUCCUUAAUGUAAAUCAAAAUGCAUUAAAAAGACUGAAUGAAAUUAAUCAUUUUAGAUUCUUUAUUUUUAAGUUAACUAAUACUUUUUAUAACUGCAAUCUUUGUUAUUGCAGUUCCUUCACAGUUCAGUAGAUAUUCAUUAGAUUAAUUUGGGUUAGAUCUCAGAGGUAGAGAUGUACAAUUUUUGGAAAUUAUAUAAAAGGUCCACUCCAUUAAUUAAUAGUCAUUAUUGAUAUUCAUCUAGACAUUUUGUACCUUUAUUGAAAAUAUAAUUUAAUAUUUAUUAAGUAAUUAACUAGUUUAUUAGAUGAUCAAUUUUUAAGAGUAAUUUACAUAAUUUACACUUAGAAUUUGUGUAAUGUUCCGUAUAUAACUUAAUCUAACAUACGCUCCAAAAAGAUAUUAAAGAAUUAUUAUUUUGUUCUAGAUAAUUAAAACACUAAUACAUUUAUGAUUAUUAAAUUAUCUUAAAAAAUACAAAAUUUCUAUUAGAUAAUAUAAGUUCACAUUUCCAUAUGGAUAGAGAAUUAAAUAUUUGAUUAAUACAAAACCUUAAAAAGAUCUUAGUCAUUUUUAAUUUAGUACAUUUAAAAUGUUACAUUAUCGUUAUUUUUUGAUAUGAAGCUGUUUUCUACUUUUGAUUUUUAAAUAAACCUAUAUUAAAAAUUUCAUAAAUAGAUAAAGUAUUGGUUAAAUCAAUGUUAGUGUUGAUAUUUUUAAUUUUCGUCAAGACUACUGUAUAACAAAGUGUUUAUUAUAGUUAGUCUUAUAAAUAAAUAUAUUUAUAAUUUAGAUCUUUGGAAUUACAUUUUUUAAAGGUUAAGAGGUAAUUUUUACUAUUUUAAACCAUUAUAUAUAGAUAGAAUUUAAGUAUGACAUGAUUUGUUGCUCCUAGGUGGACAAUCAAUCUGGGAGCAAAUAAUAAUUGACAGCUGAGAUCUGGUGCGAACUAACAAUUUCUGUUUCCACUGUGCCAUGCCAUUGCAUUAUUUUAUUGAAUUACUUUUUUAAAGUUAAAAUUAUAAAUUAUUUUGUAGUUUACUCAACAAUACACACAAUAAUGCAAAAGAGUUGUAUAACAUGAUGAUUUCAAAUAAGACUGCUAAUAUAAGUGAUUCUGAUGAAGACUUGAUGAACAAUAUGUAUAAUGCUUUAUUUCAAUGUUUUGGGAUCAUUAUUACAGGGUAAAUAAUCAUAAUCUUGUAAAAAAUGAAUAAUUUAUUUAUAUAUUUAUUAAUAAAUUGUAUUAUGUUUAAUGUUUCUUAUUUUAUUUUAGGUAUAUGUCAGGGCGAUUGGGUUUAGUUAGUCAUGCUGCCAGUAUUGGCUUAAACAGAUUUGUAGGUACAUUUGCUUUGCCAUCACUUAUAUUUGUUAAUAUGGCUGUAUUAGAAUUAUCAUCUGUAAAUUUGAUCUUUCUUGGAUCACUUCUUCUUUCAAAAACUUUAGUUUUUGUAACAGUUGCUUUAAUCACUGUAUUAGUAACCAGGCCUCCAGAUAUGGCAAGAGCUGGUUUAUUUGCUAUAUUCUGCACCCAAAGCAAUGAUUUUGCUAUUGGUGCUCCAAUAUGUAAGUUAUAUUUAUAAAUAUUUUAAUAAUGUAUUUGUCCCCAUCAUCAAUAACUUUGUAAUUGUUUAACCAUCUAAUUUUUGAAAAUUAUUAAUGUAUUAUUCUAUUUAUUUUUACACUUAAAAUAUUGUAUUAUAUUUAUGAAACACUAAAAUGGAUUCAAAAUCAAAAUUUUAAUUUUUUUUAAAUAAGAAAAGAAGGUAGAAAUAUUAUAAUUGUACAUUUUAUAAUAUCUAAAAAAAAAAAAAAAAAAAUUGUACAGUCCAAAAUUUACGAAGUUGUUACAGGGAUAAUAUUAACAGUUACAUUGACACUUUUUAUUAAUCUUUUUUUCAUUAGAUCAUGUGAAAUUAUUUGUAUUUAUUCUUUUAGUUGAAGCACUAUACAAAUACAACCAUCCUUAUUUUGUUAGCUACCUUUAUCUGGUGGCACCUAUUAAUUUAAUAAUCCUCAAUCCAUUUGGUUUUGCGAUGAUGGAAUUGGGCAAAGAAUAUGAUCGUCAUGAAACUACAAGACGUUCAGCACUAAUGGGACGAAUAUCGAGAAAUAUUAUUUGUAAUCCUAUGGUUUUUAUGACAGCUUUGGGAUUAAUAACUAAUAUAGUAUUCAAUCAUAAUCCGCCAAAAUUUAUUACAACUUUCUUAGGAGUGAGUUUUUAAAAAUAUACCUAAAGAAAUUUAUUUAAUUGUAUACAAUUUGUUGAUUUAUAGACUUUUGGCAAUGCGUUUACUGCAACAGCUUUGUUUCUACUAGGUUUACGAAUGGUUGGAAAUGUCAAUAAGCUUAGAGGAGAAGCAUUAAUUUUACCAUUACUUCUUAUUGCAGCCAAAUUGUAUGAUAUAUUUUUAUAAGUAUAAAUAUAAACAUAUUAUGAAUGAUUUUAUGAAAUUUCUUAGGCUAGUUUUACCAUUAGUCAUUAGAGAAACGACAAGUAUUUUCUUGACAAAAUUUGGCACUGUAAAUGCUGAUGAAAAUCUUGCAUUUUCCAUGUUUGGAUUUUUGUAUGGAAUGAUUCCUUCUGCGCCAGCAGUUUUUGUUUAUGCUUCAGCGUAUAAUCUUGAAAUGGAUUUGGUAUAUAUAAUUUUUAUUUGUUUACAGUUUAUAGUUUAAUCAUUGUUAAUCAUUUUUGUUUUGUCUAGAUUGCUAGUUCAAUGGUACUAUGUGUAUGCUUUUCGGCCCCAAUUAUGUUUUUAACUGCCAAAAUAAUAUCAGUAGCCAAAUUAGAUCCAUCAAAUAAUAUAGCAGCUUUAAAAACGUACCAAUUCAAUGUCAGUAUAUUGGCUAUCCCUGCAUCUGUAAGUUUUUUUUAUAUUUUCUAUAAUUAUUUAUAAUAUUAACAUAAAAAUCAUUUUUUCUUUUCUUUUUUUUACAGCUAUGGAUUAUUUUAGUUAUGUUAAAAAAAUUGAAAAGUUUCCCGUUUAAAGUAGUUUUCUGUUUAGUAAUUUCUCAGGUAUUUUUUGUGUUUUUGGUAUAUAAUAAUUAUAAAUGUUUAAUUUAUAAUACAGAGUUUUAUUGUUUUAGGUGAUUUCAUGCACUGGAAUAUUAUUAGAGUAUUUAUCUGGAUCACCACCAUCACAUCCAUUAACAUACAUACAGUUAAUGUUAAGUAUUGCUGGUGAUAUGAGUUGUUAUAUUUGGACUGGAUGUUUAGCUUUUACUUUGCUGAUAAUGAAUAAACCAUUUACUGAUGAAUUCCAAAAUAAAAUUCUUUAUUUCUACAUGAUUCUUUCUUGGGGGUAAUUAUUGAUUUUUUUUUUACUAAUUUUUAUAUAUUUAUAUAAUUUUGACGUUUAGUGUUCCAGUAUUGUUAGUUUCUGUGCUAAUGUUGAUUUGUCAACCACCAUCAUUUGCUAAAUCUGAUUUCGAUCAAAACUAUGUAUAUGGAACUCCAGAAGCUGCUACACUCACAUCAAUUCUCCUUUUAACAAUCAUGUGUAAAUGCGUUUAAAAUAUUACGAUUAUUGCUAUCCUGUUAUUGAGAUUAUUUGUAUGAAUCAACCCUCUUAAUGACAUCAUCUAUAUGUAACAUUACAUCAUUAUUUGCACUAAUAUUAAUAGAAAAUAACAAUUGUGUACCAUGUGAAAUACAAUGAAUAUGUGAAAACAAGAAUAGAAUGCCUCUUAGUAUUAGAGUAAUAUUUUAAAAUAUGUGUUUUGAUUCUUAAUUGACAAACUGGUUUAUCUUUGUACAAAAAUAUAUGUAUAUAUUUUGUGGGGUGUAGUGUAGUGAAAAAAUAACAAAGUAUGACACAUUGUAGUAAUCUUCUAUUUAUUCAAAUACAUUCAAUAACAGGUUAAUACCUAUUGAAUAUUUAUAUUUUAUGUAACAUUUUUAUAAUUUAUACAGGGACAGUUGUUUGUUUGGUUUUAUAUCAACGCCAACAACACAAGAUAGUGAAAAAGGAAGUUUGCACAGAAAACGUAACUGAUAUACCAAGUACAUCAAAACAAUUGUAAGUUUGUGUUUAACUGUUCAAUAAAAACUUUAUUAUUAAUUAAAAAUUGUAAUUACAUUUAAUAAUCAAUAUUUAUAUUUUAAAAUUUCUAUUAUUUUACACAGGUUUCACCUGUUUACAGUUUUGUGAUGUAAAAUAUAAUCAUGUGUUGAAUGUCAUGACAUGUCUGCAAUAUCAGAUUCAUCAGAUGAUAAGAUGUGUGCAAAAUUUGUUUCGGGGGAUUAGGUGGCGCACUAUGUUUAGUAUGCAACUUCUGUUUUAACAGGCUUUUUCCUGUGUAUUCAAUAGUUUAUUAAUGUCAUCAGAAAUAUGGUAAAUCUAAGUACAUUAGAGGUCACUCCGAUAUUUUCUUUUCUCCCUCUGUGAUUUACAAAUGAAAAAAUGGGAACUGUUUAUUGCAUAUCUAGAGCAUUAAAAAAAUUAUUUUUCGAAUUUUCAGUUCUAAUUUGUUUGUUUUUGAGAAGUAGGGAUCAGUCUGUCAGUAUUUGGCUUUUAUUUAUUAUACAAAAUAGCUCACCUUGUAAUUUUUUGCUAUUACUAUGCAACUAAAUAAAUAUAAAAUAAAAUAUUUAGACUUAAUUUUUUUCUACUGGUUGGAUCAAAGAUUUUAAUAGCUAAAAACCUGCCUCUGACAAUGUGGAAUAUUUCACAAAAUAAUGUGUGCAAAUUGGUCGGUUAACUUUGAAGUCUAUUAAUCUCAUAUGUACCAAUAUCCAUAUUUAUAUAUAUUUUAUGUUUAUUUAUGUUUUUAUUAGUAGUAAUACAGACUCUCAUAGUAUUGACACUGAAGAUUUUAAAGAAGGCCUCCUUUAUGUGAAAGAAACAAGUUCAGCUGAUAGUAAUGAAUAUAUUAAGCACUUUUUAUUGCUUGUCAUGCAAACAGUUGCUAUGUUUGUUGUAAGUAUAUUUUUUUUAAAAGUUGUACUUAUAUAUACAUAUAUAUUUUUUAAAACUAAAAAUUGUAAAUGUGUUUUUACAGACAUUUUCUGUGGCCAUUUGGAGAAUAUUCGGUGAAACAAAUGGAUUAUACCUUGAAUUAGCUUAUGCGGAAACUUCUCUUAUGAGAGGACAGUCAAUUUUCACAUUAUUAAUUUAUGGUAUUAAUUAUCAAACAAUUAAUAGGCCAAUUGUGAGAGCGUAAGUAUUUUUUCUUCUACUUUAUCAAAUGCUUUUUAUAUUGAUAUAAUUUUGUUUCUGUUUAGAUGGAAUAAAUUUUGGUGGGGUGGAUCUCCAAUUCAGUGUCCAUCAUGGGAAGAACUUCCAUAUGAUACAAGAAAAACGUGCGAUAAUUUUGUUUUUAAGCACAGAGAAAAAUGUUUAGCUGAAAUUACUCAUCUUACUAGGUAAUAAAUACUUUUUAAAUUUAUAACUCAUAUUAUAUGCAUUAGAAUUAUUUGUUUUGUUUCAGAUGGAAAUUGUGGAAAUAUAAAAAGACAUUUACUGGCUCUGAACUUAUAACAUGGUUAAUAGAUAACAAUAUUUGUACAAGUCGAGAUGAUGCGUUAGGAUAUGCUAUGAAGUUGUGGAAUGGCCAAGUACUAAGACAUUUAAAUUGUACCGAACAUUUUCAAGAUGUAUCAAAUAUAUUAUAUACAUUUAAUCGUCGUUAAUUGUAAUGCCUUUAUAUUACAAUAUAUUUGUUGACGGUUUAUAAUGACCUAUUAUUGUGAUAAUUGACUGUUAAAAGAGUGAGAAUAUUUUAUUACAAAUUUUAUAUGCAUAACAUAUCGCUAAUAUGCUUCUAAGUUAGUGAACAAUGUUUAUGUAUAUAAGUACCUAAUUUUUUUUUAGUUUUAUCAGUACCAAAAAGUUAUUGUUAAAAUCAUUACAUUUUUAUAUUAUUUAUUAUUUUAAAUAUUUUAUACUAUUAUAUUAUAUUUAAUUUACUUGUUGACAGGUUUAAUAAAAUAUUAUAAACAAUAUUUGUAU